AGGUCGAAGCUGCGAGCGUUUCCAACUGAAGAAUGACGGGGAAGAAGCACAGCUACUCCUACGUCUAACCUUAUCCUCUUCUCCUUCCCCUCAGCUCUGUUUCUCCCACGCUAGUCACUGAAUCAAUCUAACCAAAAGGAGAAAAUGGCACUCACUCUUGCACCCGCCGUAGCUGCCAUUAAAACGAGAAUCUCGAGUAACGCGAGGUGUACAGAAGUGAGUGCCUCUAAAUCCGGCUUAUUAGUCGUCGCGGAGAAGUCGCCGGCGACUCCAACUCCGUCUCUUGUUGUUGGUAGGAGAGAGGGCCUCUCCGCAUCCUUCACAGCCCUAACCCUCUCGCUCGCUUACCCGUCUCUCGCUACCAUUCUAGAGGCGGACGACGACGAGGAGCUGCUUGAGAAAGUGAAGAAUGACAGGAAGAAGAGGCUUCAGAGGCAGGGUGUAAUCAGCUCCUCUGCCAAAGAGACAGGUUACCUCCAGGAACUUGUAUACAAGCUUAGUAAAGUGGGUAAAGCUAUUGAAAACAAUGAUUUAACUGAAGCAAGUUCAGUACUUGGCUCAAGCAUCCGUGAGGAUUGGGUCCAAAAUGUCAAUGUUGCAUUUGCAAAGCUGACAUCUAACCCUGAGGAGAAGAGUGAGGUUGAUGCAUUCAACUCUUCUUUGGCAUCUCUUAUUUCAUCAGUUGAUAAGCGUGAAAUUGAGUUGUCGAAAUCGGCUUUCGUUUCUUCUGCGAGCGCAUUGGUGAGGUGGGUCGAAUCAACUGGUUUGGGGGCUUUACUGAAAGGUCUUUAACUAUGAGGAGUGAUGAUGUUUAUCCUUGUUCUGAUGAAGCAUAGAGCCUUCUUUGAAAUCUGUUCAAGGAUCCCAGCAAAACCUGCAAAAAAAA